AUGUACGAUGAUGAUGAUGGAGACAACGAGGACGAGUUUGGCAACAGCUUUUCUGUUAAUAACAAGUUCAUCAAUGAUGAAGACGAGGAAGAAUCUAGAAGGGGUGAUGGAUAUGAUGAUGAUAUUUGUGAUGGCUUAGUUUCUUUAUAUGGCGCAGAAAACGUUGAUGUAAAUGAUGUUGAUGAUAAUGGUGGUGGCUGUGGUGACAUUGAUGAUGUUGAAGAUAUUGCUGCAAUAAAAAAUGACGAGGAUGGUGCUGUUGGUGUUGGCGUUUGCGAUAACGAAAAAGAUUUUGGCACCAAUGAUGGUAAUGAACCCAAGAGUAAUGAUGAUGAUGAUGACAAUAAUGGUAAUGAUGAUGUAUGUGGUGUACUGGAUGCUGCAGACGAUAGCGCUGGCGACGAUGGCGACGCUAGAUUUUGCCUCGUGGAAGAAGAUCUAGAGGUAGCAUCUGCAACAGGAACAUUCGUUACACUGAAUUAUUAA